CAGAACAGCCUUUGGAAUUGUGUAUGACAAAAAAGAUAUAUCAUCAUUGUGAAAUUACACUUUUAGCCUUUAAAUUAACACCAACAUGAUAGAAGAUCAAAAAAAGGACUAUUUGUGGAAAGUCUACAGAGGCCAUGUCUCCGUCUUCCCCACUAUCAUCUUUGGAGAAGAAACGUUGCCACGACGAUGAGAUGGAUGCCUUGCUCCAGUUCAAGCACACCUUUCUCAACACCAAUCACUUUGUGGAACAUGUUGGUGGGUAUGUACUUAGACACUGUGUUUCAAAGCCGAAACUGGAGUCAUGGGAAGAAGGGCGUGAUUGUUGCUCGUGGGAGGGCGUGGAGUGUGAUGAACAAGAUGAUCAUCAUGUCGUCGGCUUAUACCUGAGAAACAGUUGCCUCUAUGGUUCCAUAAACUCCAGCAGCUCCCUCUUUACCCUCACUCACCUCCAGAGGCUUGACCUCUCAUGGAAUGACUUCAACUCUUCUCACAUACCCUCUGCAAUCGGAAACCUCUCCCGUCUCACUCAUCUCAACCUGGAGGGUUCGAAAUUUGGUGGCCGAAUCCCACAACAACAGCUCUCAAAGAUCACCACUAUGGUUUCCCUGGACUUGUCUUCGAAUUUCGGGUUGGAAGUUGGUAGUCUGAAAGGGCUUGUUCAAUACAUGAUCCACUUGAAGGAGCUCCAUCUAUCGUACGUGAACAUCGCUUCUUCAGAUCUACCUCGCGACCUCCUCUCUAAUUUCUCGUCUUUGGAAUCUCUUGAUCUUUAUGAGUGUGGGCUGAAGGGAGAGUUUCCCGUGGCCAUUUUCAAUCUCCCGAAGCUCAAGAAGCUCAAUCUAAGCCGCAAUGCAGAUCUCAAAGGCUAUUUGCCCAACUUCCGUUCGGGGAGUCCUCUUACAUCGUUGAGGCUCGAUCAUACGAGUUUUGGGGGAGUUGCCUCCUUCCAUUGGGAAUCUCGCCUCUUUGGAAGAUAUAGAGCUCAAUCAUUGCAAUUUUACAGGGAAGCUUCCAAAGUCACUUGUCUUACAACUUCUUCCCUGUCAUGGAUUGGUGAGCUCACCAGCCUCACUAAAUUGACCCUUGGAGGCAUGAACCUCAAGGGUGAGAUCCCAUCUUGGCUCAUGAACCUCACUCGACUUACUCACCUAUAUAUCAAUGAUAACCAACUUAUCGACUUCUCCUCCAACAACUUUGAAGGGCAGAUUCCUGAUGCGUUUGGAGAGAUCGCGGGUCUUCAUCUGCUGAAUCUGUCUAGAAACCAUCUCGGUGGUCACAUACCAUCUUCUUUCUCUAACAUGAAGAGUUUAGAGUGUUUGGACCUCUCCCAAAACAAACUCUCAGGACAGAUUCCUAUAGAGCUUGCGGAACUCAAUUUUCUUUCAUUGUUUAACGUGUCAUAUAACAAUCUCUCCGGCCCUAUACCACAGGGAAAGCAGUUCUGCACCUAUGACUCCACAUCAUAUGAAGGGAAUCCUAGAUUGUUCAUUGAACCUUGGAGCAAGCAGUGCGGGAAUGCGAGGUCUUUGCCUCAAAUGCAGCAGCCUCUAUCCCCUACAAAUGAAGAUGAUGACUCGGAGUCUGGCUUUAAAAUAAAGUGGAUGAUAAUAUCGAUUGGAAUUGUAGGUGGUUUGGUUGUCGGAGUGAUCCUUGGGAACGAGUUGAUUGCAAGAAAACAGUAUUGGUUCGUCAAGACUUUGGCAAGGAUAGGGAUACGGUAGGCCUGAGAUGAUGGGAAGCAUUCACAGUCGAUCAGUUGUGUUUGGAUUUAGCCUUUAGGAAGAGAAAUAAAAGGUUGUGUUUGUA